ACUCUGAUUAGGUUUUCCAGACGUUGCUUCGGACUCGCUGACGAAGCCGACGCCCAAACUGAAAGCACAAGUUCACUCGUCGUCACUUUCCCUCCGUCUUGUCUCUCAAAUUCCGUCACCGCGUCAGAGCCACAGAGAGAGGGUUUCUACUUCGAGCAUUUCUGGACUGAAGUCCUCACGGGAGGGAAAUGGCCUCGAAGUUUGGGAUGGCCGGCGGCAUACCGGAGCGUCGGGUGCGGCCGAUAUGGGACGCCAUCGAUUCUCGGCAGUUCAAGACCGCUCUAAAGCUCUCGCAGUCACUCAUCUCCAAGUACCCCAACUCGCCUUACGCUCUUUCGCUUAAGGCUCUAAUUUUGGAAAGGAUGGGGAAACUUGAUGAAGCACUAUCUACUUGCCUAAGUGCCAAAGACCAAUUGUAUACCAAGGAUUCCAUUUUGGUUGAUGAUCUUACUCUCAGCACAUUGCAAAUUGUAUUCCAGCGACUUGACCGCUUGGAUCUGGCUACAAGUUGUUAUGAGCAUGCUUGUGGCAAAUUUCCUAACAAUUUGGAAUUAAUGAUGGGGCUUUUCAAUUGUUAUGUUCGCGAGUACUCAUUUGUGAAGCAGCAACAGACAGCAAUUAAAAUGUACAAGAUUGUUGGUGAAGAAAGAUUUUUGCUAUGGGCAGUUUGUAGCAUUCAGUUGCAGGUGUUUUGCGGCAAUGGGGGUGAGAAGCUGUUACUCUUAGCUGAAGGUUUACUCAAGAAGCACAUUGCCUCCCAUAGCUUGCAUGAGCCAGAAGCUCUUAUUGUUUACAUCUCAGUAUUGGAACAGCAAGCUAAAUAUGGGGAUGCUUUUGAAGUCCUCUCUGGGAAAUUAGGAUCCCUUCUAAUGAUUGAAGUUGAUAAGCUGCGGAUACAGGGGAGGCUUCUUGCUCGGGCAGGUGACUAUGCUGCUGCUGCCAAUAUAUUUCAGAAAAUUUUAGAAUUAUGUCCUGAUGAUUGGGAGUGUUUCCUUCAUUAUCUAAGCUGUUUGCUGGAGGAUGACAGCAGCUUGUGCAAUGGGGCUACGAGUGAUCCAGUCGAUCCAGCUAAAUUUGCAGGCUGCAAGUUUUCUCAUUUGACGGACGAAGUGUUCAGUUCUCGUUUGUCAAAUGCAUCCACUUUCGUGCAAAAGUUACAAACAGAAGUUAGUAGUGAAGUUGUGCGAUGUCCUUACUUGGCAAUUCUUGAAAUUGAAAGGCGGAAGCACUUAUAUGGAAAAGGGGAUGAUGACAAGUUAAUAGAGGCUCUAAUGCAAUACUUUUUCAGGUUUGGUCACUUAGCCUGCUUUGCUUCUGAUGUUGAGGUAUUUCUUCAAGUCUUAACUCUUGACAAAAGGACAGAGCUUUUGGAGAAACUGAAGGGAAGCUGUGACUCCCUUUCAAUGGUGCCAAUCAAGAUGCUUGGGAAAUCAAUAACUCUUUUUAAAAUUCAAGAGUUGAUUGGUAACACUUUCAAGCUACCUGUUGAUGAACUUGUGGGCUCUGCUGAAAAAAUGGUGGAAAUGUAUUGCAAAAACCUUCCUCUUUCAAAGGAGUUGGAUCCACAGGAGAGUAUGCAUGGUGAAGAGCUUCUGUCCAUGGCAUGCAAUCUGUUGAUUCAGUUAUUUUGGCGUACCAGGGAUCUUGGCUAUAUACUGGAAGCAAUCAUGAUUCUGGAAUGUGGCUUGACUAUCAGAAGAUACGUAUCGCAGUACAAGAUUUUAUUGUUGCACUUAUAUUCUCACUUGGGUGCCUUCUCAUUAGCUUACGAACGGUAUAAAUCCCUGGACGUGAAGAAUAUCUUGUUGGAAACUGUUUCACACAAUAUUGUGCCGCAGAUGCUGAUAUCUCCCCUCUGGACAGAUUUAAAUUAUAUUCUAAAAGAUUAUCUCAAGUUUAUGGAUGAUUACUUCAGAGAAUCUGCAGAUCUUACGUUUCUUGCAUAUCGCCAUCGAAAUUACUCAAAAGUUAUUGAAUUUGUUCAAUUUAAAGAGCGGUUGCAACGCUCUAAUCAGUAUUUAAUGGUGAGGGUUGAAGCACCCAUUUUACAAUUAAAACAGAAUGCAGAAAACAUAGAAGAAGAGGAGAGUGUGCUCGAAAACCUGAAGUGCGGAGUUCACUUUCUUGAGCUCUCAAAUGAGAUUUGGAGCAAAUCUUUGACUUUCAAUGAAGAUUUGCAGUCUCGACCUUGGUGGACACCAACCUCAGAUAGAAAUUAUCUUUUAGAACCGUUUGAAAAUGUUUCCUAUUGUCCUAGAGAAGAACUGCAGCAACUCACAAAAGAAAGGGAAACAAACGUACGAAAGGUUAUUGAGAGGAGAUCCCUUCUUCCCCGGUUGAUAUAUUUGUCUAUUCAAUGUGCUUCGACAUCACUCAAAGAAAAUGUUGAAGCCAAUGGCUCUGCAUCUGAUCCAAAAAUCUUUCUAGAGCUAAAGAUCUUGCUUGAGCGCUAUGCAAAAUACUUUGGUUUGCCUUUCAGUGAUGCAGUAGAUUUGGUGGUUGGGGUUUCAACUGGUUCAAAGUCUUCUGAGGUUCUUAACAGGAACAUGGUCGACUGGUUAAAUUUUGCGAUAUUUUUGAAUGCGUGGAACUUAGGUUCUCAUGAACUUGGGUCAACUGACCAAGAUGAACACAAGCCUGGUAUUUGGCACAUUGUGGAUUCAUUGCUGUGCAAGUGUAUACUAGAGAAGGUCAGAUCCAUGGGGCUCCUCUCCUACUCUGCUGGGGUUGAUCUCCCAAUUUUGCUGCAGUUGAUUUCAGAAUCCUUGGCUUGGCAUAGUCUUCUCAUCCAGUCAUGUGCUCGAUCAGCCACACCAUCUGGAAAGAAGAAGAAGAAAAGUGGGCCUGCAGAUCAGUUGACCUCUCCAAUCUCUCGUGCAAUUCGGGUUUCGAUUCAGUCUUUGUGUGAUAUAGUAGAAGAGGUGUCAAAAUGGCUGAGAGAAAAGAUAAACCAGUCAGAGGAUGAAAACUUGGAAACCAUACUGUCCGCCCUCCAUAGAAAUGGGCCGACAGAUGAAAGGCCCGGGCAAGUACUCCGGACUCUAGAAACUUCAAUCUCAUGCAUGAGCGAUUCAGAACUUGGUGAUUGGACCGUACAAGCACUUAAGUUGUGGAGCCCCAUUGACGUUGCAAGGAAAAUACUAUCUGGGCAGAGGGAAGUACUAUCUGAGUUUCUUCAAAUUUGUGAAUUGAAAUUGAAAUCAUUGCAGGCAUUGAGGCAGCAUAUAUGGCAGAUUCAAGCUUGAAGAUGGUUCAAUACAUUUCCUUUACAAUCUCUCCUGUUAAGCAGAUAGUUACCAGGCAGCUCGAGUCUAGCAGUUUACUCCUGGUUCAGUACACUCCGUUCCUUUGCAGUCUCUCUUGUUAAGCAUCCAACUACCAGGUAAUUAAAGUCUAGCAGUUUACUAUUUGGCAUGCAGAAUGAUUUUCUUCUCUUUUCUGGUAGUAUGGCCGUAUACCGUUCACCUGGACUUUUGCCUGGUGUUGCUCUGCCCCACCCUUGGGGUCAAUGGAUCUGAUCUGGUCUAAGCUAUUAGCUGCUUGGCCUCUGAGAGAGUUAGCAGAAUUCAGAGUUUGAGUUUGUGCUAUUUCAGCUUGUAUUUGUUUGCGAGGGAGGGGUUUGGUUUCCUUUCCAAUAGAUGUGUGGGAUAAACUUCGAGAUUGACUUGCAAUUUAUUUAUUUGUUUUGGGUGGUUUUCUUAAAAUCCAUUUUCCUUAUAUUUCCCCAGUAGACUUUCCGCCAAAGACAAGAAGACACUUUUUUUUUUUUAAUGUUUUUUAAAUUUAAGGAGGUGUCCAUGUUUAUGUACGCAUGUAUCCUUUUUCGUAAAUAAUUAUUUUAGCUGUGCAAUAUUCA